AUGGAUAUCGAUGAUGAGACACGCAAACGCGCACUUCUUUCGCAUUAUAUUGGCUCGUCAGCAUUUGGUACAUUCGAAACCUUAACGGAUACCGGUGACGAGAAAGACUACAAGAAAGCAAUGGACCGCCUAACCGAGCAUUUUACGCCGCAACGCAACG